AUUGCCAUCUCGGCCUUUUAAUGCUCCAACAUGUCGUCGACGACCCGUCCUCUCGGUCCCAGAUUCCUCCGUAAUCCGACGCAUCAGCGUGCCUCGGUACCUGCACUGGCGUCGCGUCGGCCCGCACCCUGACGCGCCAUGUCCACUGCUCACGCUGCUUAGCCUACUUUCUUUUCUCUUUCUCAUUCUUCCACCAUGUCAGGCACCGCGCGCCUCCCGCUCGUCGCCGCCAUCGCCGUGGCGGGCAUCUCGCUCGCCGCCGCGGCCUCGUCGCCCUCCUUCCGAGAGCGCGCCUGCAACCUGCUGGGCAUUGGCGUGCCGGGCGGCUUAUGGCGCUUACUGGCCAUACUUCUGGUGCUGGUGAACCUGAAAAACCUGCCGUUUAUGUGGCAUAUCCGCCUCUUCCACACCAUGGCAUACCACCUCUACCUGCAACCUACGCCGCUCCCGCCGCGCUCCCUCUUCCGCCCCAUCAUCACGCCCAUUGCGCGCAGCCCGAUCGCCGAAACCGACUAUAACCUGCACAAGUCGAACAGCACGUACUUCAGCGACCUCGACAUCGCGCGCACAGCGCUCGUGAGCGCGCUCCUGCGCAACGGGAUCCAGAAGCGGAACACGGACGCGGCGUUGUCGCCGCCCAACGGCGCGGGCGGCGGCUUCGCCAUCGCCCUCGGCGCCGUGUCCUGCCACUUCCGCCGCGAGAUCGCGCCGUACGCCGGCUUUGAGAUAUGGACGCGCCUGCUGGCGUGGGAUCGCAAGUGGCUGUAUCUGGUCUCGCAUAUUGUGCGGCCGGGCAAGGCUAGGCCGGCACAGUACGCGCUGCAGCCGUGGAAGAAGGGAAAGGCGCAGAGGGAGGAGACCGAGGAGCAGCGCAUCAAGCGCCUUGGUGGCGCGGUCUACGCUACCAGCAUCGCCAAGUACGUCGUCAAGAAGGGCCGCUGGACUGUGCCGCCUGAGACAAUGCUGCGCAGCUCGGGGCUGCUGCCGGCGGCGCCGGAGGAGAGCGAGCAGGGCGAGACGAAUGGGCACGCCGAGCAGAACGGUCACGCCGAGCAAAACGGUCACGCCGAGCAAAACGGUCACGCCGAGCAAAACGGCCACGCCGGCCCGAACGGCAAACCCACCACCACCGCCGCCGCCGACGCCUCGACUCCCCUAACCUGGGCUGCUAUCGAAGCCACCCGCCAGCAGGGCCUGCGCUUCGCGGAGAAGUUCGCCGACCUAGACGGCCUGCACGAGCUGUUCGACGGCGGCGAGGCCGAGGGCGUGCUCGGCGAGUUUGGGGACCUGGUGUGGUGA